UUAAGUCUUCCAUUCUCUUCCUUUUUCUAUAUAGAUAGCUUAGCUACACAAUCAUUUCAAGUUUGGCCUUCUUUUGAUUGUUGCAACAAUUCCAAAAGAAGAAAAAAAAAAUGGCAAAAGGGGGAGUUGAUGAACAACGAAGUUUGGAAUAUACAUCAACUUGGGCUGUUGCAGUUGUGUGUUUUGUGUUGCUUGCUAUUUCAAUCUUAAUUGAACACAUUUUUCAUGCUAUUGGCAAGUGGUUGAAGAAGAGAGACAAAAUUGCUCUUUAUGAAGCAUUAGAAAAAGUCAAAGGAGAGCUUAUGUUGAUGGGAUUCAUAUCAUUCCUCCUAACUGUGUUCCAAGAUCCUAUUUCCAACAUUUGUAUACCAAAAGAAAUUGGAGAUUCUUGGCUUCCUUGUUCCCAUUUAAAGACAAAGACAAAGACUACAUCUGAUAAUGAAAUCAAUGAUAGAAAACUCAUUGAAUAUUUUGAUCCAACACCACGGAGAAUUCUUGCAACAAAAGGAGAAGAUAAAUGUUAUGCUAAGGGUAAAGUUGCUUUCGUUUCUGCAUAUGGAAUUCACCAACUCCAUAUAUUCAUAUUUGCGCUAGCAAUAUUUCAUAUACUACAAUGUAUAUUAACACUAACUUUUGGAAGAUUCAAGAUGAGGCGGUGGAAGACUUGGGAUGAUGAGAUAAGAACCGUUGAUUAUAAUGAUCCUGAGAGGCUCAGGUUUGCAAGGGAGACAACAUUUGUAAGAAGGCAUAUGAACAUGUGGACUCAGUCACCCAUUUCAUUAUGGAUUGUUAGCUUCUUUAGACAGUUCUUUGGAUCUAUUAGUAAAGUUGAUUAUUUGGCUCUACGGCAUGGAUUUAUCAUGGCACAUCUUGCCCCAGGAAAUGGUGCAGAAUUUGAUUUCCACAAGUAUAUUAAUAGAACACUUGAAGACGAUUUUAAAGUUGUAGUUGGAAUAAGUCCACUUAUCUGGUUAUCCGCAGUGCUACUUCUGCUUACUAAUACUCAUGGAUGGUAUUCUUAUUAUUGGGUUCCAUUUAUCCCAUUAAUUAUACUAUUACUAGUAGGUGCUAAGCUACAAAUGAUCAUAACAAAAAUGGGAUUAAGUAUUCAAGACAAAGGGGAAAUAAUUCUGGGUGCACCUUUGGUUGAGCUAGGAGAUCAUCUUUUCUGGUUCAACAGUCCCAAGUUUCUUCUCUUUCUGAUGCAGCUUCUACUCUUUCAGAAUGCCUUUGAACUUGCAUUUUUUUCUUGGAGUACAUAUGAAUUCUCUAUAAAGUCUUGCUUCAACAAAACACGUGCAGAUCCUGUCAUUAGACUCAUACUAGGGGUUGGAAUACAAUUUCUGUGUAGCUAUGUGACUUUGCCUCUUUAUGCACUAGUCAUACAGAUGGGUUCAACCACGAUGAGCCAUAACAUUUUCAAUGAAGGAUCGGCAACAGCCACAGCAAAAAAGCGUGUAAAACACAACAAGCAUUCAAACAACGAUGCACCAUUCUCCAGCAGGCCAUCAACCCCAACACAUGGCAUGACACCUGUUCAUCUGCUCCAUAGACACACAGCCGGCAACAGUGACAGUUUACAAACUUCUCCAAGGACUUCUAACUAUGAAAAUAUACGGUUGGAUGCUGAAGGAGGAUUAACUUCCUCAAGAAACAACCAAACUGGAGCACAUGAGAUCCAGAUGCCAGUUGUCGAGUCGUUUUCGACAACAGAAUUACCGGAGCAACAGGUCGGUAGAAGUUAGAAUUGUAGAUAUUGGUAAUAACAAGUUCAAUGGACAGCUUCCAUUGGUACCAAUUCAGUACAUUUUUGCAGAUGAACAUAAACAAAUUGAUUUGAGGAAUGGAGGGUAAUUUUGUUGAGGUAGCAUGAUUUGUGGAUGAAUUUAAUCAUGGGUUUGUGAAAAUGUAUAACAAUAUAUUUUGUUAAUUCUGUUUCCUGUGUGUAAAAA